AAGUCAUGCAAACAGAGCACCCUCUCUGUCUCUCUGUUGCUUAUAAGAAGAAGAAGAAGAAGAAGAAGAAGAAGAGGUAAAGUAAUGGCGUCGUGGAAUUCAAUUCAGCUGGAAAUCACAUACAGAGUUUUGGGAUGGAUGGGUUUCGCAUGUUGGUCCGUCGGUGGCUACCCACAAGUCAUAUUGAAUUUCCGCAGGAAAAGCGUUGUGGGAUUGAGCUUCGAUUUCGUGUUGUUGAGUUUGACAAAGCAGUCUUCCUAUCUCAUAUACAACGCCUCUCUCUACUUCAGCUCCGCCGUUCAAAGGCAGUACUGGGAGAAAUACGGCUAUGGACAGAUGAUCCCUGUAGCAGUAAAUGAUGUUGCUUUCUCAGCUCACGCUGUUUUGUUGACAGCAUUUGUUCUGUUCCAAAUUGCAAUCUAUGAAGCUAGUCGAGGAACUCAGAAGGUGUCCAAGAUUGCCAUCGGAAUUGUCGUUGCAGUGUGGUCAGGCGCUGCAGUUUGUGUUUUCGUAGCUUUGCCAACCCAUUCUUGGCUUUGGCUGAUUAAUAUUUUCAACUCAAUUCAAGUUUGCAUGACAGUCGUCAAAUAUACUCCCCAGGCAUUCCUGAACUUCGUGCGGAAGAGCACAGAGGGAUUUAGCCUUGGCUCUUACUUGCUUGAUUUUUCUGGAGGGGUCACAAAUUAUGCACAGAUGACUGUGCUUGCUAUAGAUCAAGAUUCUUGGGUGAACUUUUAUGGAAACAUGGGGAAAGUACUGCUAUCUUUGAUAUCUAUAUUCUUUGACCUUGUCUUCAUGUGUCAACGCUUCCUGCUAUAUCCUUCAAAGAAAGCACCCAUCCCUCCUCCUCCUCCUCAAAUCAUCAGCAAGGACAAGGAGAGCUUGGAGCCACUUCUCCAGUCUUCAUCAGAUCACCCACUCAAACACACUGUCUGAAAAUGUAUACACAAGAGCUUCUCUUGCCCAAACAUGUGCGACAUUAACCAUGUAGAUGUAAACAAGGAUUAUAUGUUUGGAGCUGAAAACUUAAAUAAAUUUUGAUUUUUCC